AUGCCGUCGCUGCGGCUGGAAGACGCGUCAUGCGCCAUCUGCAUGGACACGCUCUUCAACCUCAAGAAUGACCUGGACGAGGUCAUGCCUAUCGCGACCCCAGACUGCGGUCAUGUAUUCCACGAGAAAUGUCUGCUGGACUGGUUCAAAAUCCAGUCAGACCAGUACGUCGCGCAGGCGCUCGAACAAGGCAUGUGGUCCCCAAUCGCCGGCGACGCCCCCGCCGAGUGUCCCCAAUGCCGCACCGAGUGCUUUGCAGACGAAGAGACAGGCAAGCCCAUGCUCCACCGCCUGUUUAUCAACUUUGGCAGCGACGAUGGCGGCAUGCUCGCCAGCUCCCAGCACCCACCUAGCAGCCCCGCACCUGGCCCCUCGACCCAGCGGUGGGGGCGCAGCUCUGAUGCGGCCGCGAUGGGCCUGGCACGCCGUGCGCGCAACCUCGCCAACGAGGUGGAUGGUUUCACGGCAGAGAGCGACGAGGCAAACGUAAGGGGAACUUUGAGGCGUGCAGAGACGCUCGCGGCGGACGGGCAAGCCAUGUCUAGCAAGGCGGGGCAGGCGCUCAAGAAAUACGUUGGCGGGCUCAGUGUCGCGCUCAACAAGUUCACAGACCACCUCGAGUCCCACCCUCUUAUACCGGUGCUCCAAGCACGCGUCGCGUUACUUGAAGAGGCGAAUGCCGGUCAGACGCGCGAACUGCGUAACCUGGAGGACGUUGCGCUUCCCCGCGCUGUCAAGAAGGCUGUCCAGGCGGACCGACUCAAGUCAGAGAAGCACAUUAAACGUGCAAAUGACGAACGGGACCUCAUCCAGCGCGAGCUGGAGAAGGAGCAGGUUGCUCGCGUCACCUUUAAGCGCGCGAUGAAGGAGCGAGAGGACGAGCUCGAAAAGCGGAUUUCGGAUGCGAAGAGAGCUCUGGACAAGGAGCUGGAGGAGCGUGUGGCUCUCACCGCCACCCUCACCGAGCGUACAAAGAUGCUGAAGGUGUACCAGGUCAAGGCCGACUCGCGCAAGGAGCUCAAGGCCCAGAUCGAGGCACUGAAAGCUGAGAACGAGCAGCUGAAGGCCUCCGCAAUUGCGAGCCCACCACCGCACCCACCACAUCUCUCACCGGAGCCCGCCAGGUCAGCUCGCCCAUCUGCUGGAACAGCUCGGUUGCUAUCGUUUGAGGGAAGCGACAACGACGAUGGGAAUGAGUCUAUGGACAUCACCGAGUUAAUCGCCUCGGCUCAGAAGAGACGCCGAGCCGCUGCGGCGGAAGAGUCGCUCUACAUCGAGCCACCUUCCUUUCUGUUUGACAGCAGCUUCGAUGAUGCUGGGCCCAGCAAACCCGUCGGUCGAUCGACAACAUCGAGGACAUUCACGUUUGAUGUCGACAAAGGCCGUGUGUCGGAGCGCAAGGCUGAGAAGAGGAAGGACAAAGAGCGCGACAAGGAGUGGAGCCGGGACAAGGGUAAAGCGAAGGAGAAGGCGCAGGUGAACGACACCUUACGAGACACUCGGUCGGCGAGGGAAAUAGGCAAGAGCAAGUACUUUUUGGACGACGACACCCCCGACCACGCCCACGACAUUCUCGUCGCUCCGUCGAGCCCUGUGCACGACGACGUUCUUGUUGCUCAGUCGAGCCCCGUGCGCCUGCCGCGUCGUUCACUGCCAGUGUCUCCCAUGGCCUUUGAUAACGACGAGUCCCCACCCAAGCGCCACCGCCCAAACCCAUUCGCUACUUCCGGGCCCACUGUCGUCGCCCGUCGUCCCCAGUCGGUUGCCGUUGGUCCCAGCAAGCCGGUUCCCAACGUCCACGAGAUCCUGGACCUCACAGGUUCGUCGCCUCCCGCCUCGCCUCUUCCCGUGCGUAAGACCUUCAAGCAGCCGCUGCGUCCGAGCGGUACAGGUCUUAACAAGAACCGGACUCCGACCAUAGGGGACUACAUGUCUAUUGCGGAGGGUAAUGGCAAGCCGAAGAAGAACUUGGCCAUUGGCGCCAAGGUGAAGCGUCGUGCAUAG